AUGGCACCUGCGGCUGAAGAUAAAGCACAGCGACACAAGCUGGUAGUACGCGUACAUAGCGCCGAGGAGCUGCAACAUUCUUCGUCACAAGGCGCCUAUUGCAAACUCUACGUGGGGGCAACGGCCAUGACCGAGGGCAGCCACAAGGCGCUAAGCAAAAAGGACUCAAACGACUCCUCCACGUCCAACGAGGAUCUGGACGAGGCCUGGCAUCUCGAGGUGCGGCGUACACGCACGCAGCAUCAGCAACCCAACGCUCUGGCACCGCCCGAGACCAUUUGGGAUGAGGUUUUUGAGGUGCCCAUCCGUCCUGGUGUGGAUCUGGCCACGCAGAUCUUGAGUAUCCGCGUGAAGAGUCAUCACCUCUUCUUCUGCCCCGUAAUCGGGGCCUGCGCAGUCUCCCUGGCGAAUUUAUUGCCAGGGGAGAGAUUGGAGCAGUGGUUUCCUCUACAAAAGGGAAAGAAACCAGCGGGUCGUAUCCGGGUCAUGCUACUGAUUGUACCAGAAGAUAAAGCUAUAGUCUCGUCGUUGCCGAGACGGAAACAGCCGAAUCAAGAUGUCAUGGCGGCAAGAGCGGCGAACCACGAGGCGGAUGAGGCGAUUAAGAGGCUCGUGGAGAAACAAUUGAGACAAGAGGCCGAACGACGUCAGCGAAGACUUGAGAGAACGUCCAGUGGGCCGCCAGUGGAGGUGAAGCGACCAGCAGAGCAAGGUGACAGCCAUUUAAUUGGCAGAAAGAUGGACGAGGUGGCUAUUGGGGAUAGACAGACAAGAGAAGGUAACUCUACUUGGCCACCUCCGCCAGGUGUGUCGUCCCCCCGAGUGCUGCCUCCGCUUGGAACUCCUGCGGCGCUGAGGGAAAACUUUAAGGACGAUGAACCUCCGAGUCCACCGCCGACUGAGCAGCCGGUCUCGCCAAUGUCGGAGUAUGAACAACGGCUAGACCGGAAGUUGCGGCAAGUGCGGAAGGAGACGGCGAGACUACGCAAACUAAAAAUGCAACUUAAGAAAUACAUUCCGGAUCUGCAAAUGGAUUCGGAUUCGGACGACUCACUGGAAUCGGAUGAGGAACCGGAGACGCUGUCCGGAUCGUCGUCUGGCUCGGAACGACACCACCAUCGUGUUCAUUCAAAGGAAAACCACCCGCACAGCAACAAUAAACUCAAACACUCGAAGGUAAAUUUUGCAUCGCAUGGAAACAAGGUGGAUGGAGCGGAUAAACAUGGUACUUCUAUCGUCUUCUAG